CCUUGCUCUUGAGUUCAGCUCAGAUCCUCCCGCUUUCUCCUCCUGGCUGAGGCAGCUCCAAGACAGGAAACUGGCCAACAGCCCACCCUUGUUUUCAGGGAAAACGAAAGCAGGGGAUGCCUGUUACUGUUUCCCGCUGGCGGCCAUGGCAGCAGCUGGGGAUCUCGUCCAGGAGUUCUGCGAGGAAACGACCUGCCCCAUCUGCCUGGAGUACUUCAAAGACCCGGUGAUGGUGGUCGAGUGCGGGCACAAUUUCUGCCGAGCCUGCAUCACUCAGUACUGGGGGGACCCCGAGCGAGCUCCUUCCUGUCCUCAGUGCAGAGAGACUUCUCCGCGCAGGAACAUUAGGCCAAAUCGGCAGCUGGCCACUGUCGUCGAACUUGUUAAGAAACUCGAGGAGGGGAAAGGAGCGAAGCAGAAGAGGGGAGUGUGCGAAACUCACGAGGAGCCGCUGAAGCUCUUCUGCAAGGACGACGAAGCCCUCAUCUGCUUGGUGUGCGACCGAGCCAAGGAGCACCGGCAGCAUAAUGUCGUUCCGGUGGCAGAGGCUUUCCAAGAAUACCAGGAAAGAAUCAAGGCACAGUGGAAAUCUCUGAAGAAAGAGAGAGACCAUCUUGUGAACUGGAAACUAGUCAAUGAGCAGAAAAUCCUUAAAUGUCUGUCACAGUUAGGGGCGGAGAAGCAGAAAAUCAAGUCCAUCUUCCGCCAAAUGCAAAAAUUUCUUGAAGAAAAAGAACACGUUCGACUGGCGCAGCUUGAACAUCUAGAGAAGGAAACCAAGAAAUGGCAGGAAGAAAAUGUCAUCCAGAUCUCUGAGGACAUUUUCAAUCUCAACCAUCUGAUCAGUGAAAUGGAGGAGAAAUGUCAGCUCUCUACAAGAGAAUUCCUGCAGGACAUUAGAAGUACCUUGAGCAGGUGUGAGAAGAAGCUAGAGAGGACUGCAGUGGAAUUCUCUCCCGGGUUGGAAGAGAGACUCCGAAUUUGCUGUCAGAAAAAUUCUGCUCUAGAAGAAUCGAUAAAACUCUGUAAAGAGUCUCUGGAGGAAGCAAUGGACAAAGUGCACGUGACUCUGGAUCCAGACACGGCCCAUCCUCAACUCAUUCUGUCUGCGGCUCUGAAGAGUGUGAGUUUGGGAGACAGAAAACAGGACCUGCUUGACAAGCCUGAAAGAUUCGACAUUAUGCCCUGCGUAUUGGGUUGUGAGAGUUUUACUUCAGGAAGACACUGGUGGGAGGUGGAGGUGAAGAUAGAGGGAGAAUUGAAAGGAAAGUCAGGGUGGACAUUGUGGGAUGUGGGGGUUGCUAGAGAGUCAGUCAGGAAGAAGGGACUUUUCACGUACAGACCUGAUGAGGGGGUCUGGGCUGUGGGAAAGGCGUUCAAUAACCCGUUCGCAUCUUGCCAGCUCUUGGCUUUUACUUCCACUUCAUUUACCCCUUUGACUCUGAAGCAGGAACCCAGGAAGAUCCGGGUGUUGCUGCACUAUGAAGAAGGCCGUGUGGAAUUUUUUGAUGCUGACACGGAUGAUGUCAUUUUUUCUUUCCCUUCUGCCUCAUUCUCUGGGGAGAAGAUCCGUCCCUUUUUCUGGGUGGGGGGGUUUGGAGUCCAUUUGAAUUGUUCAGGCUAGAAGCAACACCCCCUCCUCAAAUUUCUGCCACUUUGGAAGGAGGUAGUAGUAUUUUACAGCUGUUAGGAACCCAGGCAGGGGCCUGUGGUCUUACUGGCUUUUAUGCAGCCCUUUAGCCUGUCUGCAGGACUCCCAUCUAGUAAAGAAAUGGAGGCAAAACCUAAACAGCAUCUAUCAGGGUCCUGUUAAAGCUUCUAAGAUGAAUCCUCUACGUAUUAUCCUUUCUCAUGCAUACAAUUCCAUGAGUUGUAAAAAAAAAAGAAAGAUUUAGUAUAUUUUGAAAAGUCCUGAAUAGACUUACUGGUAACCCUGGGCUUGUCCUGUUGUCCCUGUAAAAUACACCUUUUAAAAGUACAAAAACCUUGCCCCCCAAAUGGUGCAGUACAUAGGAUAAUAGAAUCACAGAGCUGGAAGGGACCUCCAGGGUCAUCUAGUCCAACCCCCCUACACAAUGCAGGAAAUUCACAACUACCUCCCCCCACACCCCCAGUGAGCCCUGCUCCAUGCCUAGGAGAUGGCAAAAACCCUCCAGGAUCCCUGGCCAAACUAGCCUGGAGAAAAUUGCUUCCUGACCCCAAAGUGGCAAUCUGCAUUACCCUGGGCAUAUAAGAAAGAGCCACAAGAACUAAGCACUGAUGUCACCCUUCCUGCCCUCCCUCUCAUGAUCUGCCCAGGUUCACAGAAUCAGUAUUGCUGUCAGAUGCCCAUUUAGCUUCUGCUUAAAAACUUCCAACCUCCCUGUUGACAAUGCAUCAUGUCAAAAUGUAACACUGCAAGGAAGCUUUUAACCUGUGUAACCUGUGUUAGUGCUGUUGUUGUAUCUCUUUGGAUCCUGGUAACAUUCUAGGGCAGAAAUUUCUUAUGUUUCUAGAAAUUGAUGCAUAGCUCUCAUGGCAGGGGUUGCCUGCCAGAGUAGAAGAUGCCUGUUGGAACCAACAGAGGGAAUGAAACCCCUACAAAGCAAAGAGAUAAUGCUAUCCAGGGCCCUGCCAUUUCAUAGGAGAAGACAGGGUUACAGUUUUCCUCUCUGUCUGCUGCUUUCCUUCAUAAAGCAGCAGGGGUAGUAAAAUUGCAAAAGAAAAAAUUUGUUUAAAAUAAACAUGGAAGAAAAACAGCAAAAUGUAACUGAGUUCCCAGACUGCCAAAGUGCAGGCUUCAAUUCCUGUUCAGUCAUGAAGCUCACCUCGAGCUGGUCAAUAUCUCUUCACUUAACCUACCUCACAAGGUUGUUGUAAAGAACAAUGAUGUUGGGAGAAAGGCAGGAUACAUCUAGUAUGGCAUAAUAGUUGUUGUUGUGAGGAUAAAACAGAGCAGGGGAGAACCAUGUAUGCUGCCUUGAGUUCCCUGGAGAAGGUAUGGGAUGAAA